AUGACGUUUUACACGCAGUCUUUGUCAGCUCAGGUUGCUAUAACCACCGUGUUCUCCAUACUGGUGCUGAUCAGUGUGGUUGGCAACAUUUUGGCUUGCAUCGUGAUCCUCGCAAACCGCUCCAUGAGAACACCCAUGAAUUAUCUCAUUCUUAACCUGGCGUUAGCAGAUAUCAUGGUUGUGUCUUUUGUCACUCCACGCUUCAUCUUUAUUCAUGCAUUCGAUCACCCAGACGGACUGCUGGGAACACUUAUAUGCAAACUGUUUACUGGCAGCAAUUUCAGCUGGUUGGGUGGCUCAGCGUCUGUGUAUUCCCUGGUGGCCAUCUCUGUCGAGCGUUACUUCGCUGUCGUCCACCCGUACGGUAACAGAGGCAAACUAACGAUGAAGAGGGUUAAAUAUGUCAUAGCGGGCUGUUGGGUUCUCGCAGUAGCAUUCAACCUGCCGCUGUUCUUCACAAUGCAGUAUAAUCCAGAGAUUGACUUCUGCACCGAGUAUUGGCCAGCUAUGUGGAUGGCACGUGUUUACAGCACCUCCUGGUUAAUUUUCUUCGGUGCGCUGCCUAUUGCUCUCAUGACCGUGCUUUACGCACGGGUCGUUAGGCGACUUUGGUUCAAACGAGAUCAAGGUUCUCGCGUCACGCAAGCAGCGGUUCUCAAGUCACGCAAACGCGUGACAAAAAUGGUGAUUACGGUCAGCUUAGUGUACAGCGUCACGUGGUUUCCAGUCCUAAUCAUCUACAUGUUGAACUACUUUCAUGAUUCACAGCAGUAUGGAAACAUUGUCUACAUCAUCGGCAUCGUAAUUGUCACCUUCAACUCGUGCGUUAAUCCCUUCGUUUACGUGUUCGUCAAUGAGCGCUUCAGAAACCACCUGAAGCGGUUGUUUAGGCUCCCUUGUCAGGGUGCGAAUCGAAUGAACUUGGAGCGGGGCGAGCCUACAAAUGAUGGAGCAGAUAGCAGUUCACAACAUCACAGACCAGCCAUUUAUGUAGUUGCUCAAGAGUUAGCUUGUGUAAUCUGUGAUUGUUGCAGAGCUCUGCUGAUAACAAUCUUUGCUGAGAUGCCUCUGCGCACUGCAUCAAGAAGAGAGACGAUCACAUUUAGAUGGAAGGCUAAGAAUGAUGACCUGAGGUCCCCGAUGGGGCUAAAUUAUAUCGUUAUCAUUGGAUAA